AUGCCUAUGUACCGCUAUCUGCUAACUUUGCUAUAUGCAUUGUUAAAUCAUGUGCCUAAGACAGUUUGGGCCGUGCUACAGGUUAUUGUCGAUACGUACAAGUUUUGGUGUGAGAAGUUAUUCACAUCAAUGAGACCAGUCUCACGUUCUGUUUAUCAAGAUGCUAUUGCAGAAUUGGAUAACUGUAGUUCCUUUAAGGAGUGGUAUGAGCAAGCGAAAUUGGUCGAUGAGAUCACAGGGGCCGACUUAUGGCGGCGAAAUUUUGCAUCGCAGAGGUAUGAUUUCCAUUUGGUUUUAGAGCAGUACCAAUUGAUUGCUGAAGCAUUGGAUAAUGGUAACGCAGCUGUUCUUGUACAAAAGUUUACGGCAGUGGGGCCUACAAUGUUGCGAAACUUCGCGGGUAUUUUGGACAAACGGCUAUUCACAAAAUCCCUAUGUGGGACCAAACUACUGAUUGAAAUAUAUCUUGAUAAGGUAGUAGAGUACUUGCGGUACUUAAGUAAGCUGCCGGAGCAGGUUCCGAUAUCGAUUUUCCAGCGGUGCAGGGCGUCGUUGGGGACAACGGCUUUAGUGUUACAGGGCGGCUCGCUAUUUGGACUUUACCAUUUGGGGGUAAUUAAGGGCCUUCUCCUCCAGGGACUACUUCCGAAUGUACUCAGUGGGAGUUCUAUGGGCGCUUGUAUUGCUAGUUUCUGUGGUACACUCACUAAUGAGCAGUUGCAAGAGCUUUUUAAUGAGGAUAGGCUAUUAACGCUGAUCAAGGAAGACAUCACAUUGUUAAAGCAAUCUGGGUACGGAAAUAUCGAUCAGAAUUUGAGCUUGGGGACAUUAAUUGAAAAUGUUGUCCACAAGGGUUAUUCCAAGGAUGUAUUUUUGUUCAUCCGUUUUGUUCAAAAACACAUUGUAAAAGAGCUCACAUUUGAGGAAGCUUUUUUGCGUACAGGCAAAAUCCUGAAUAUUGUGGUACAUUCAAGUGAUCCCAAUGCAUGUCCACCUCUACUAAAUUAUGUUACUGCCCCUAAUACGUUAAUUUCGAGUGCCAUAGAUUGCAGUCUUGGAUCUGGAGUACUGUCUGAUGACACUAGACUGCUAUGCAAAGAUCUACAAAAUAAAAUAAUUAAUUAUCUCCCAGAAGGCAAAAAUGUCAAGUUCGUUGCUCCGCGGAGUGUUAAUGAGAAUGGAACCGUGUCUUCGCCGUAUACUCGCUUAACAGAGUUGUUCAAUGUAAACAAUUUUAUUGUGUCGUUGGCCAGACCAUAUCUCGCCCCCCUGGUGUUAUCAGAUCUUAAACAUGAGAUUAAGACUUCCAAGUACUAUUAUUACAAGUCAUACCCAAGAUAUGAUCUUCAAGGAGUAUCUCCACAGCAUCUCUUAAAUCUGGAGGAUGUCGAGCCAUUGGCAUACAAACUCAAAUACCACGUUGAACGAAAGCUAAAGCAUAUUUUAACAUUAGAGUUGCGCCAUCGCUUUGAUGUUCUCGGUAAUUUGGGUUUAUUGUCGGGAUGGGUUAGUAAGUUUGCCGAUGAUGAGAAGAUUCCCAGAAGUGCGACAGAAGUCACAAUUGUACCUAAGUUAAAGUCUUUAAGCCUCAGUAGAGUCGUCGAAGGACAGUUAGAUAAUAUCCCGUACUGGAUUGAAUGUGGCGAGCGAAGCUGCUGGCCAGUUUUGCCACUAAUUAAAACACGUUGCAUAGUCGAGUAUACAAUUGAUGAUAUCAUCAAGCAAAGAAGGCAACAAAAUAAUACCUAG